AUGGACAACCUUCAAAGACGAGACAACGGAUCCAUCCGUACGAGUGCGAAGAACAUUGACCGCGCCGCGGCGGGGGCUCCCCCGGUGAUAGUUUCCGACGCCCCGAUGACCCAGGCACACGUCCGAGUUCCUGACUCCGUGGACCGGCCCGAAUGGUUGAAGCUCCGCUCGAGGCGCCGUAGCGACAGAAGACGUGCCUCCUCGGCCUCCUCCACCCACCCCACGCUCGGCGCAAUCCCUCCCUCUCACAGUCGCAAGAUGUCGAUGGACUCGACGACCUCUUCCUUGGCUACCGAGGCCUCCCUUCGCUCCGCGAUGUCCACGCCCCUGCACCGGGGCCAGAACGAUGAGAGGGUUCGGCGUUCCGUCACGUUCGCUGUUGACGACCAUGACCGCCGCCGCCCCUCGCUCGACUCUAAUCCACGGAGACGAACAGCAUCAUCUGCAGGGAGAAAAAUAUUUCCGUCUUCGUCGUCGUCUUCGCCUUCGUCUCUGGCGUCGUCCCAGCAGCAGCAGUGCGGAGUCUGCCGGGCCGAAUUCACGCGCUACCGUCGGCCGCACCGCUGCCGCGCGUGCAGCAAGGUCGUGUGCGCCACGUGCUCGCCGGCAAGACUCCCGAAGCGGACGUGCAAGCCCUGCGCCGGAGACUCGGCCAUUCCCCGCGUCUUCUCAGUCGUUUCUCCGGCACGGGGACGUGUUUCCCCUCACGCACCCGGGGAGGAAACGACUAGCGCUACACGAGCCUCUCGGCGUUGUGUAGGCGCCACGGUGAUGGCCGGGGUUCCUGCCGACACGGGUGUCAUUGUCACGGCGGUGGCGCACGAGGCGGAGGUGGUUGGUGUUGCCCGUGCCGAAGAGGUGGGCAGGGCUGGGACCGAGGAGGGAUCGAGUUCUCUCGGUGUCGCGGGGAAUGUGAGGCUGGGUGGCUCUGUUUCUGAGGAUCGUGUGGGCAAGGGUAAGCCAGAGAACCCGAGAAGUUCGGGCGGUAAAGGGGGGCUGGGCGUGGAUUCUGUGGGUGAGAGCGAGCCCGGGGGUUCGAGCAGUCUGAGAAAUACGAGCCAAGGCGGAGAGGUAUGGCGAUCGAACGGCAUUGUUGGCGUUGCGGGUGAUCAACACGCGGAGCACUUGGAUAGCCUGGACGGCACCAACAGCAACACUGAUGGUUGUGGGAGUGCCACCCGUGUCGAGUUCGACACCCACCUCUCCCCAACAGCCUCGUUGAAUGAUUAUCCGCCCGCGGGCUUGGAUGGACUGCCCCCGCCAACAGCCACGCCGGGGUUAAACACGUACCGGUAUGUUGCUACUGUUGCUACUGCCGGUACCGGUGCCCGUCAGGCGUGGGUGGUAGCGGAUGGAGGGUCCAAGCCAAGGGAUGAGAGGACGGUGUCGCCGGCCUCUGGUGAGGAAGUCAAGCCUGAGGAGGAGGAUGAGGAGGACCGUGUGUCUAUCGCAACGAGAAACGAAGUGGGUAGCGCGGUACCAGAGGUUGAGGACGAGCCUGAGGUCCGGCAGGCUCCUGUUCCUGCUGCUCUGCUGCACCCCCCUCCCGCGGCCGCUUCACUGGCAACGGAGCCGCGUUGCGGACAGCCCCACCUACCUCUUGAGGCUAACGAGGCCACACGUGAGACUCCGCCUCCGUCGGUCGAGUUUGAGCGGGGAACGGAGAUUGCGCGAGUUCCCAACCCCCGUAACCGGGAAGAGAGGGACGGGGUAGUGUCUACACCCCUCCGACACCGGGGCCCCCUCGAGGAGGAUAGUCGGAUUAUUGCGAAGAGGGAGGAAGACGAGGAGAAGGAGGGAGAGGAGGCGGAGGCGGAGGCGGAGGUGGAGGAGGAGGAAGGGGAGAAGGAGGAGGGAGGGGGGGGAGGGGAGGAGGAGGUGUUGGAGGAGGAUGUGAGCGGCCAGCAGCAUGAGACGACUGGUGCGGUCGAAACGACGGAAGAGGACCUCCGUUUUACCGUGGGAAGGGUCAACGACGGACCCGAAGGGGGAAAGGGCGUCUCGGACGCGGCUGCGAGGUUGAACGCGGAGAAGCGAUGUGGGGAAGAAGUGACAGACCCCGGAACAGCGGACGUACCGUUCGUUUUGCCCAAGUACCACGAAGGGGAGGGGGACUUGGCGGAGGGCGAUUGCGCAGAGGGUCUAAGCGUCGACAGAGAGGAAGGCGAGUGCGACCGUGAAGCGUUGGUUCUGGGUGCAGGAGUGGCCGUGGACGGCCGCGUCAAGGAAGAACCGGUACAGGAAAACAGCGGACCAAUGGGUCCGCUUGCUACGGCAGCUAUGCCGCAGGGAAAACCGCAGCAGCAGCAGCGGGAACAACAAGAGGAGGAAUACGGGGAGGGGGAGGGGGAGGGGGAGAAGGAGGUGGAGGAGGAUGGAGGAGAAAGGGGGGAGGGAGGGAAGGAGGUGGAGGUGGAGGAGGAGACGGACAGGGACACGGAGACGGUGUUGGUUCUGGGUACAGACAUGGCCGUGGACGACCGCGUUAAGGAAGGACCGGUAGAGGAAGAUAGCGGACCAAUGGAUCCGCUUGUUUCGGCACCUGCGCCGCAGAGAAAACAGCAGGAGCAGGAACAAGAACAGCAGGAUGAGGAGCAGGAAAAAGAACAACAGGAUGAUGAGCAGGAACAAGAACAACAGGAUGAGGAGGAGCAGCAGCAAGAGGGGGAGAAGAAGGUGGAGGAGGAGGAAAAUGAGGAGGAGGAGGGGGGGGGAAGGGAGCAGGAGCAGCAGGAGCAGGAGGAGGGGGAGGGGGGGGAAGAGAAGGAGGAGGGGGAUGGGGAGGAGGCGGAGGAGGAACAGGAGGAUCAGGAGGGCGGAGUGGACGAGGAAGGUGCAAGUGUUGACGGUGAAGCUGUUGCGGUGGGAGAUAAUACGCUGGCCGCAACCAGUGCCGGGACGAUGACCGACAGUCCCGUGAACGACCAGUUGGCAGGACAGAAAACACCGGGCUUGCCGGGAGCACUACCCAUAAGUCACGAGGGGGGGGGGCGGACAGACGACGAAAAUGUUGGGGAAGAUGGAGUGGAAGAGGGAGAGGAGGCGUCGACCGUGGGGGUAGGGGAUGCGAUGGCGGGGCCCGGUAGCGCGACGGACUCAUUCAGUACGACAGCAUUGGUGUCGGCGGAAGAGGGGGGCACCGCAGAGGACGUUGGGGGUGAGGCGUCCUGCAGCCAUGACGCGGGAACCAAGGCGUUGGACACCGCCAUCGACAGUAUUGCUCAAGCGCCAGACUGCAAAGAGGGAGCGACUCAAGACGAUGACGUGGGGGAGAAGGCUGCUGCUGCUGAGGGGGAGGGACCAUGUAACUACAAGGAAAGCAGCGACGCGUUAGGCUUGCUUGUCGAUGCCGCAGGUAUCACACAGCACGAGCAAGAAGAGAGGGAGCCACAAGAGGCCGAGGAGAACCCAGCCCCUUCUUGCGGCACGGCUGCGGGGACCGCCAGCGAGAAUAACGGGCGGGGGAAUACUGUCGCGGCGGGAAGUGGCGGGGUAGAGGGUGCCACGGUCGAUGCACCUAUGGGGAGGGUGGACGAGACUGCUCCUACGAUGAGAUCUGAUUCAGAAGCUAUCGACAGCAGUCGUGCGGAUAGACGUGGUUCCACUCGUGAGGCAAGCGGGGGUUAUGCUGACGGCGGCCGGCAUAAGAGUAACUGGCUCGCUGCUCUGAAAGAGUUGGUUGAGAAGGGUGGCUCGUGUUGUCACUGACGAGCUGGGGAGUAGUUUCUGUGUCGUGUCGUUAAUGGGGGGGGCGGGGUCAUGGCGAUAUCGGAUCAAGUGGUUGGUUCGUUGCCUCGUUUGUAUACCCCCCUUGCGCACUGCGCAUCUAGAUUAGAGUUGUUGUCGAUGUUCUUGUAAUACUCUGCUGUUGUGACCAUCUCAUUGGCCAUGUCUCUUCUUUGCCGGCACCGAUUUUUUGUGUGCUUGCCUUGUGUAUUUUUUUCUGUUUUUCUCGCUAAUGAGGCGCCGUACUCGUGGAUUGGUGAUCUUGGUCGAGAACGUAUUGACACGCCCCCGAUUUUGACCUCUCGGGUGUUUGUUGUUUGUUCGAUGUUUCGCGUAUAUUCUACUACGGUGGCAACAACGUUGUAUCGGUAAGCGUUUAUUGUGCCUGGCGUCCGUGUCUAUAUCUCAGCCUCUACGUUGUGUCGGUGGCCGCGUCACCACUUGUUCCCGUACCGUACCAUCUUGUUCCUGUACCGUAUCAUCACAGCCUUACCCUCUGGGGUGGGGUUAGAGUUUCCUAGUCCUAACCUGUUUUGUUGUCUUGCUUGUUUUCGUUGGUCGAACGGGAGGAUGGGUCGUGGUCGUUCGGGCAGCUCAAUGCCCCCACUCACUGCUGAGCAAUACUACUGUCCGAUGCUACGCUGCGUGUUCAUCAAGCAGG